ACAUAGCAUACUUAUAUGAGUACAUUUAUAUACAAGACCAUGGAAGUCAACUUGGAUAGUCUUUUAUCAAGAUUAAAUGUACCAACACAUGCAUUGAAUUCCCAAAUACUUCAGGAAGUUUUGACAUCAAUGAAAAAAGCCUCACAAAAUGAGGAUUAUGUAAACACUAUUGAUAUUAUUUUGGAUAAAUUAUGGGCUCACUUGACAACAAAUUUGCCUACAUUUGAUGAUCAACUAUUGUGCUCUACUUGUUUUUACACUGUAUUGAUAAAUUCUGAAAAUCAAGGAAAAUAUUUGCAGCAAGUGUCCACUAUUUUACAUGAUAUUUUAUCAUCAGAAGAGAUUCCUAGUCAAAGGAAUAAUUUCUCAUUGGGAAUUUCAUUAAUGUAUGGUAUAUUUCAAUCUCCAUAUCUAACUCAAAAGACGCAUAUUAUUGAGAAAUCAAAUGAAACAAUACAUAAUAUUCUAAAACUAACAUAUAGGAUAUUAAUGUUAAAAGUGUAUGAUUACUCUCAGUACACUUUCAUAGUGUUCAAAACUAUUUCCUCCUUUAAAAAAGUGAUUGGAACAGACUUUCAACAAACAAUUUAUAAUACAAGUAAUCAAAUUGAUAUUUUAAAUGCUGUCAAUCACAACUGGGAAAAUCCAAUCACUGGAAUAAGAAAUUUAAAUAGAUCUAUAUUUCAUACACUUAUAUCAAUAGCAGAUGAAGAUAUUUAUAAUCAAAUUAUUAAAGAAAUCAAGGCCUUUUACUGGAAUAAAGCUAAAUUCUUGAUGCUAACUGAGAUUAUUGAACAAUCACAAAGCAAUAUCCAAACAGUAUUGAAUCAGAAUGAUUGGAUUUCCGGUAUUUUCUACAGUUUACAUAAACCAGGGCUUGUAUCUGCUGGUUCAGACAUGUAUUAUGCAGUAUUAAAAAAAGUUAAUACUGAUGAUGAAUGGUGUGCAAUAUUUUUAAAACAUUUACUCCAAGUAUUUGUUGGCCAGUCACAAAAGGCUGUAGAAAACUUUUAUAACUACUGGUGUUUAGUUUCACUGAAGAAGUUUCCUUCAUUGAUGGAAAAGUUUAUGAAUGAACUAAAUAAAAUGGAAUAUUCUGAACACAAAUUAUUAUGCUGUUUGAGCAUUAUGAAGCAAGGCAACAAAAUUGGUUUAUUAGACAAAGAUUAUGAAAUAUCUGAACAAAACCAAGUAAUUAAUUAUAUAUAUGAAGGUAUAAAUCAUUGUAACACUCAUGUGAGGAUAAUGGCAUUUGAUAUUGUUUGUGUUUUACAUGGAAAGUACUUGCCGACAAAAUAUGAAUAUGAAUUAAUACUAACUUAUUUAUAUAACAAUAUAAAUUCUGAUUGUACUGUUCUAAGGAUAAGUCUAUUAAAUAGUUUAAGCAGCUUUUUGGCGCAUCUUCAACAUGUAUAUUUAUUAAAUGAUAGAAAUGAUAAUAAUAUUGAAGAGUUAAAACAUUUUUGUAUCAAAUUGCAAAAUUUUAUUAAAAUGUCCAUAAAUAUUGAUGGUAAUUAUCAAAGGAAAAUUGCAACAAUAAAAAUAAUUGAUUUAGUUUUUAAACAUUUAAACUCAAUCCCAAAUAAAAAGCAAAGUUCUAAGAAAGCAAAAACAGAAGUGUUAACAAAAAUGCUUAAAAUGAACAACAUAUGGAUCCUUUCAGACAAAGACUUUAUUUUGAAAUUGAUCUAUUUAUUGAAAGAUCCCGCAGAUGAUGUCAGGGAUAAUGUACUGCAAGUGCUAUUCAAUUAUUACAUUGAUGAUUUAAAAAGUACAGACUCGUUAAAUCUUUUAAUAGAGGAUGCAUUUAAAUGUACACAGAGCAAGUUCUUUUAUGAUAUUGAAUGUGGAAGAAUUAUAUUUAAAUUAAUGAUUAAGAUAAUUUUGAAAGAAAAACAGGUUGUAGGUAGAUUCAAAAAAGUUGAAGAUGUAUUUGAUUACUGGUACAAUGAACUAAAACAUGAAAUGGAGCUACAAAGGAAUGUUGUUGAUUCAAUAACUGAAGGGAAACAGUUGUAUUCAAUACUAGGAAUUCUAUGUAUCAUUUUCGAAUUUUGCCUAGAAACUGGUUAUAAACUUGAGAUUAAAGAAAACAUUAUUGGGGUUCUGAUCAGAAUAUUAGAGAAUGUAUCAAAUCAAUUUAUGGGGGAUGAAGAAGCAACUGUUAGUUUUGAUUUUUCUAAAUUGAGUGAUAUGGUAGAGAACUUUAUAAAGAUCUCAAAAUUUACACCACAAGAAAGUGAUGAAGCUAAAAUAUCGGGCUUGCAUCAAAUAGUGCUUAGCUGUCUUUGGUUAAAUGUUAAGACAUCCUGUGAACUUGCAUCUUUGCUAUUAGCAUAUAGUAUAGAGGAUGAGGGUAAUUGUGAAAAAUGUUUAAAUAUCAUAACACAUGUGCUCGAAACUUGCCGUCAUAAAGGAGCCAUAGAAGCUGCAGGCACAACUUUAGGUAAAAGUAUACAACAUCUAUCUUCAUUGCCACGAAAAUAUAAGGCAUCCCAAUUGCCUUUUAUUUUGCUAGAGAAAAAACUGAAGGAGUUAAUAUUUGAGGCAAAUGUCAUGGCCUCAGUCACUCGGAGAGGUGCAGGCCUAUCUAUAAUGAUUCACAGAAUUGUUUCUAGUGAUAUGAAGAAAGGAAAACCACUUUUUCACUAUUUUAUAAAUGUAUUACUGAAAGUGUGUCUAGAAUCUACUGAUAUGUUUAAUGAAGAGGAAUGCAAUGACAAUGAGCAAGACUUACCUAAAGCCAUUUUAAUACACUUUCUUACUAAAAUUGUAACUGAUAGCAGCCUUGCCUCAGAGAUGAUGUAUUAUUCAGCAAAAUUAGCCAAGCUUGCAUUUGAAAAUUUGACAAGUCCACAUUGGCAAAUCAGGAAUGCAGCCCUUCAGUUGUAUGGGGCAUUAGUGCCCAAAUUAAUUGGACAGAAAAAAGCAUCAGGUAUAGAUGAAGAAACAAUUGCUACUGUAGCUUGUGACGAAUUUAGAACUCAUUCCUCUAAAUUGUGGUCUUUUAUGCUUACAAAACUAAAAGACAUACAACAUUGUGAUGAUAUACAAGAACAAUCUAAUUUGCUUCCUAUAUUAAACAUACUGGCAAAUAUUGCAAAAAGAUAUAAUUUUUCGUAUGAUCUUAAAUCUCAAAAAGAUAAUGAUUUGCAGUUACUGGAGUGUUUAAAAGUAUGUUUAGGCAGCCCCAUUUAUACAGUAAGAAGACUAGUUUCGCGGUGUAUUAUCAAUAUAUACUCCUUUACAGAAAUUUAUCAACUAUUAGUUGAGUAUACUUAUAUUUCUGAGAAUUCUUUGCAUGGAGUUUUGAUGUUAAUGGAUGAAUUUUUCAAAAUGUAUAAACAAUGUCUAAAAUCAAAUGAAAUGGCAUUGCAGGAAAAAUAUAAUAUUAUUUUAAAAAAUAGACUACACAGCUACUUGAAUAGAGCAAUAUUUGAUAGAAUAUUUAUAACUAAGGACAUAAUUGAAAAAGAUGAUUCUAUAAGUCAAGUAUGUUUGGACGUUACAAAGAAUAAGCAUUUACCAGGUGCAUUUCUAUGGGCGAAUUAUAGAAUUCAAUACUUCAUAAAGAACUCAACAUGGGAUGUACUUGCUAAAAAUUUACCAACUAUUUUAGAUUUUAAUGACUUGGAACCUUAUACUGAAAUGAUUAGCCAGAAGCUUGAACAAGGAGAUUUCCAUACAGCAGUACAAUCUCUAUCACAAAUUGCUAACACAUUGAUAUCUUCAAGCAAGGCUGUAAACAGCUAUGACAUUUGGAGAUUUGUUUAUGUAUUAUCAAAGAAAAUUGAAUUAAAUGUACAAAUAAGUAAUGACACAUUUCAGACGUUAUUACAUAAAGAAUAUAGAACAAGAUAUUUUAUACCUUUUGCAGCCAGAAUAUGUGCAAGGAAUUUGCAAAUAGAUGAAUUAAGAAAAAUAUCCAACCUUAUUUUUGAACUCUGUGAUCCUGGAAAUUAUGACGCAGAUAUGAGAAGUAUAAGUGCUUUAGCAAAUAAUGAGUUGACAUUCGUCUUUUCAGAUUUACCAGAUGAUGUAAAAAUUAAUGCCAUAAACUCUGCCAUUAUUCUUUUGCAAGAUGAGGAUGAAAAUGUAAGAAAUUUGAGCACUGAUUUUUAUCUUCACUUAACGAAUGAUAAAUCUAAGCAUGCCUUUAUUUGUGUCAACUCUAUUAUAAAUAGAAAAUUCUUGGAAACUAUCUUGAAUAGACCAGAUGAGGGCAUAGUCAUUAUAAAAAGUGUUUUAACACAAUUCCUCUCUUCUUUAAUAAUAUUGGAUAAAGAUAACUACAAUCCAUUUGCAAAUGAUUCCAAAAACAUUUACCUUGAAACAAAUGCUAUGAAGCAACUAUUGGAUGAUUUGUAAUUAUACUUAAACAAUUAAAAAAGUUCUGCUUUA